AUGUCUUCCCAGCAGCACCAGCACCAGCAAUGCCCUCCCCAGCAGGCCCAGCAGCAACAGGUGAAGCAGCCCUGUCAGCCACCACCUGUCAAAUGUCAAGAGACAUGCACACCCAAAACCAAGGAUCCAUGUGCUCCUCAGGCCAAGAAGCAAUGCCCACCCAAGGGCACAGCUCAGCAGAAGUCUGCCCCAGCCCAGCAAGCUCCGAACUGUAAGCAGAAGUAA